CACUUAGUGUUCAAACCAUGGACUUCAAUGUAGUUGGCCACUCAGAUAACCUUAGUGGCUUAAUUUUGAAAGAUAGUAUUAAGAAUCUAUUUUUCACGCAGUGUAUUUUCAGGUGUCUUGUUGACCAUUUUGGAGUCAUGUUAUUAUCGGGGGAUAUUUAUUUUAGAAAAUAGUCUCCAUCCUGCCAAUUUGCAUAUUGCUGUAGAUUCUAGAGUCUAGAAUUUCAGUCAAAGUUCUCUCACAAACUCCUUGGCCUUAGCUCACCAGAUAAAUCACAUCUGAAAACAAACAAGCGGCUCCCUAUGGAAGGUGUGUCUGCACAGCCGUGUUACUGCGUGCCAGUGGCUCUGUCUGGCACAUUUCUGAACUUCGCAAAAUUAAUUGUGCUAAAGAGAACACCAUCAAACGCGUCCGGCACAGAGCGUAAACAUCUUCAAACCACGACUCUGCGCCAUAAAACACUCCUACCAAUUUCAUUUGGUGCAUUACUCUGGAGGAACACCGAGGCCAAGUGAAACUGCGGAAACGGGAACAAUGCACGGAGGAAAAAUCUCACCCCAUUAAGGGAUCCGUUUCUUCUCUGCACAAAUAAGCCCACCACGCCUCGGAGGCACGACUAGAUGGCUCCAGGAUGUUCUCAGAUGCCCCCGCAGGCCCUCAGGAGCUGAGAGGUCCCCUCACCAAGAAGGUAGGGGAACUGAGUGGCAGCACCACGGCCUUGGAGCAGUUUAGGACUGACUGAAUAGCACGGACAAUGGGAGCUUUCUCAUGGUGGAGACAGCCAUCUUGGAUGGCGGACAAUAAAAGAGGGAGGAUGACUCCAAGCCUGCCAUGGCUCCUGUCGGCUCUGACUCUUCUGCAUCUGAUGAUGCACGUGAAUGGUCUUAAGAGAGGGGUACAACAAGAUCUGAAAUGCACAACCAACAAUAUGCGAGUGUGGGACUGCUCAUGGCCAGCACCCCUCGGGGUCAGCCCUGGAACUGUUAAAGACAUUUGCAUUAAAGACAGGCCCCAUUCCUGCCAUCGACUAGAGACAACAAACGUUAAGAUCCCAGCUCUUUCACCCGGUGAUCACGAAGUAACAAUAAAUUACCAAAACGGCUUUCAGAGUAAAUUCACACUGAAUGAAAAAGAUGUUUCUUUAGUUCCGGAUACCCCUGAGAUCUUGAGUUUGUCUGCUGACUUCUCGACCUCCACAUUACAACUGAAGUGGAAUGACAAAGGGUCUGCUCUCCCUUACCCCUCCAAUGCCACCUGGGAGGUUAAGGUUCUGCAGAAUCCGAGGACGGAGCCCGUAGCACUAGUGUCACUCAACACAGUGCUGAGUGGUAAAGAUAAAGGUCACCACUGGAACUGGACCUCAGAACUGCCCUUGCAGUGUGCCACUCACUCUGUGAGCAUUAGAUGGCACAUUGACUACCCUCGUUUCUCUGGGUACAAAGAGUGGAGUGAGUGGAGCCCGCUGAAGAACAUUUCCUGGACGCGUAAUACCGAGACUAACGUUUUUCCUCAAGACAAAGUGGUACUUGCAGGCUCAAACAUGACAAUUUGUUGUAUAAGUACAACGAAGGUGCUUUCAGGACAGAUUGGAAAUACGUUCCGCCCUCUUAUCCAUCUUUAUGGGGAGACUGUCGCCAUCCACAUCCUGAACAUACCUGUUUCUGAAAACAGCGGCUCAAAUGUGAUUUUCAGCACAGUCGACGAUGUGUAUGGAACGGUCGUCUUCGCAGGCUAUCCACCCGAUGUUCCUCAGAAACUGAGCUGUGAGACACAUGACUUGAAAGAGAUUAUAUGUAGCUGGAAUCCAGGAAGGAUAACGGGACUGGUGGGCCCACGCAACACAGAAUACACCUUAUUUGAAAGCAUUUCAGGAAAAUCGGCAGUGUUCCACAGGUUUGAAGAACUUGCAAAUGAAACCUAUUGGUUAACCUUGAAAAUGGCUCCUGACCAAGAAAUUCAUAACUUCACCCUGACUGCUCGCAAUCCACUGGGCCAGACAGAAUCAGCGAUAGUCAUCAACGCAACUGAAAGAGUUGCUCUUCAUGUUCCUAUUUCAUUGAAAGUGAAGGACGUCAAUUCAACAGUCGUUACACUUUCUUGGUACUUGCCAGGAAAUUUUACAAAGAUUAAUCUUGUAUGUCAGAUUGAAAUUUGUAAAGCUAAUUCCAAGAAAGAAGUGCGGAAUGUCACAAUGAGAGGAGCUGAGGAUUCAACCUACCAUGUUGCUGUGGACAAACUAAACCCAUAUACUAUCUAUACUUUCCGGGUUCGUUGUUCUUCCGAAACUUUCUGGAAAUGGAGCAAGUGGAGUAAUGAAAAGCGAUAUUUAACCACUGAAGCCACUCCUUCAAAGGGACCAGAUACUUGGCGAGAGUGGAGUUCUGAUGGGAAAAACUUAAUCAUCUACUGGAAGCCUUUACCCAUCAAUGAAGCUAAUGGAAAAAUACUUUCCUACAAUGUGUCCUGUUCAUCAAGCGAGGAGACACAGUCCCUUUCCGAGAUCCUCGAUCCACAACACAAAGCAGAGAUAAAGGUUAAUAAAAAUGACUACAUCAUCAGUGUGGUGGCAAGAAAUUCUGCCGGUUCAUCUCCACCUUCAAAAAUAGCCAGUAUGGAAAUCCCAAAUGAUGACAUCACGGUAGAGCAAGCGGUUGGAAUAGGAAACAGGAUCUUCCUCAGCUGGCAGCACAACCCCAACAUGACCUGUGACUACGUGAUUAAAUGGUGCAACUCGUCAUGGUCUGAGCCCUGCCUCCUGGACUGGAUAAAGGUUCCCUCAAACAGCACGGGGACUGUCAUCGAGUCUGAUCAGUUUCAGCCAGGAGUGAGGUAUAACUUUUACCUCUAUGGGUGUACUAACCAGGGAUAUCAACUGUUACGUUCUACAAUUGGAUACAUAGAAGAAUUAGCUCCAAUUGUCGCACCAAACUUUACUGUGGAAGACACAUCUGCAGAUUCGAUAUUAGUGAAGUGGGACGACAUCCCCGUGGAGGAGCUCCGAGGCUUCCUUCGAGGGUAUUUAUUCUACUUCCAGAAAGGAGAGAGAGACACACCCAAGACACGGAGCUUAGAGACAAGUCACUCUGACAUCAAGCUAAAGAAUAUCACUGACAUAUCCCAGAAGACACUGCGGAUUGCCGACCUUCAGGGUAAAACCAGUUACCACCUGGUCCUGCGGGCUUAUACACAUGGUGGACUAGGCCCAGAGAAGAGCAUGUUUGUGGUGACCAAGGAGAACUCCGUGGGAUUGAUUAUUGCCAUCCUCAUCCCAGUGGCUGUGGCUGUCAUUGUUGGCGUGGUAACAAGCAUCCUCUGCUAUCGGAAGCGAGAAUGGAUUAAAGAAACAUUCUACCCUGAUAUUCCCAAUCCAGAAAACUGUAAGGCGUUACAGUUUCAGAAGAGCGUCUGUGAGGGAAGCAACGCUCUUAAGACAUUGGAAAUGAAUCCAUGCACCCCAAAUCACGUCGAAGUCCUGGAAUCUCGGUCAAUACCCCCUAAAAUAGAAGACACAGAAAUAACGUCCCCAGUUUCUGAGCGUCCUGGCGAAAGCUCUGAGACAGACCCCGAGAACCAGGCGGCCGUGUCUUACUGCCCACCCAUCAUUGAGGAGGAAAUAACAAACCCAGCAGCAGAUGAGGCGGGAGGGGCUUCCCAGGUCGUGUACAUUGAUGUGCAGUCCAUGUAUCAGCCACAAGCCAAAGCAGAGGACGAGCAGGACACUGACCCCGUGAUGGUGGCAGGCUAUAAGCCACAGAUGCGCCUCCCCAUUAACCCCACAGCGGAAGACACAACAGCAGAAGAUGAAGCGGACAAGACCGCAGGUUACAGACCUCAGGCCAACGUAAAUACUUGGAAUUUGGUCUCCCCAGAUUCCCCAAGGUCCACAGACAGCAACAGUGAAGUUGUCUCAUUUGGAAGUCCGUGCUCCAUCAAUUCCAGGCAAUUUUUGAUUCCUCCUAAGGAUGAAGACUCUCCUAAAUCUAAUGGAGGAGGGUGGUCCUUUACAAACUUCUUCCAGAACAAACCAAAUGACUAACCAGGUCACCCUUUGCCACUUCAGUCUGCCAUCUCAGUAAAGCCCUCCCUGCCGCUGUCACGGCAGCAGCUGGGGCAUUUCUGGAAGGACCCUGCAAAUGUUGAUAGCCAGGGACCUUCACUCUGGGCAAGUGACACUAGAAGUGUUAAUGUGCUUUUAAUGUAUCCUAAAAGCCAGAGUGCAGUGACUCAGCCCUCAGCCCCAGAAACUCAAGAUUUGAAGCUGUUUUUGAUUGAGCCAAAGAAUCCUCCCGAAGGAUCUCAAGACUGACUAACUCUGUCUCGUACAUACAUACAAAACAAAUCUCACAACUGUUUUCUGUUGUUAAGGUUUUCUCCUCUUUGUAUGUUAUGGAAUUGCAAGUGGAUUUACAGGCAAGGGAGAAAACCAUCCAAGUCAAAACAACGUUAAUUUGUCUGACAUUUACUGCGGUCUAGAGGAAAACCAAGCACAGAUUUUAAAACCUUUAUGAUGUCUCUACCCACAGCGUUCACAAAGGCCGAGUCCAGUUUUUCAUGUAGCAGCAGCUGUCUGGUGUUCUGUUUGAUAAAGCGUGCUGAUUUCUGUGCCUACUGUAUAGUGGUUAUCAAACAGUCGUCUCAGGGGUACAAACUUGGAAAAAACAAGUGUGACACUGACCAGCCCAAAUCAGCAUCACAUCACUUUCGAGAGGUGUGACAAACCUUUCUUCUAUCUCAUAGCUUGCAUGAUAGCUUCCGUUAGUACAGUCUAUUGCCCUAAUGUUGGAAAUCUCUAGAACUGUAUCCAGAUUCUCUCUAUUUGCUCCGUGUUGUGUUAUAGGGUCUGCUUUGUGAGAGCAAAUUCCACAUUAUUUACAGGUAUAUAAUUGUAAUGGGUUACUACGUAAGAUGACUACUAAGAAAUAGCUGAUGGUGUGUGCUGACUCCAUAGGUCCAAUUAGGCUCAGUUCCCCCUGGGGAUAGGCCGUGAAGCCUAACCGAUGGCUGGGAUGAUCUCUUCCCUGUAGCUUUCUCUACUGCUCAUGGGUCACAGCCCUCCUCCCUCAAGCAGUUGGGGGUCCAGAGUCUCAGACCCUACCUUCAAACUCGCCCUGCAGCAGUUAGUGAUUUUGUAAUAGAGGUCAUAAAACUUACGGGAUUGGUAGGUGGUGGCCUAUGAUUGUUCUGUCAGCAAUGAAGAGGCAGGUCCUGAGCACAGCACCCUCAAAACACCCUGGUUUCUCAUCAGCAGAAUGGGUAGAGUGAAUGCCAUUCUUAGAAAAGCAGUAAAAACCUGAAGUGUAUGUCAUGUAUUUGUUCUGUCUUUGGUUGCCAAAGUACAUGACAGUUUGAAACACCUGAGGGGUAGACGACCUUUGUAUCGUCUGAAGUCCCCCAAAUUUUUCAAUAUUGGAUUGCUCUUUCAGUUCAAAUUUUAUCCAUUUACUUUAUUAUUAUUAUUUUUUGAGGCUGGGUCUCGUUAUGUAGCCCUGGCUGUCCUGGAACUCACUAUGUAGAUGAGGCUGGCCUCAGACUCAGAGAUCUACCCGGCUCUGUCUCCCAAGCGCUGGUGUGUGUGCCACCAUGCCCGGCCUCUUAUUUUAUCUUUUAAAGGAUCAUGUGGGGGGAAAAAAAUACAGGAUGACAAGAGAUAAAAUCAUGAUCCUGUUUUUUAACCCUAGGAUUCAGCUACAUUUUGGAGCUUCAUGAUAUGAUGGUAUGUGGAAGGAAAUACAAUUAAUUAUGCAACUGUGUAGUGUAUAAAAGGUAGAGAGUAGCUCUUAGAAAUUGUCUGUACUGAAAAAUAUUCCAAAUCAGAGCCAUAACCAAAGAGUCUUGUCUUACUUGUACCCUCUUUGGCUCCCUCCACCCAGCCACUGUGAGCCCUGUACCCCCCCCCUUCCCUCCCCUUCCCCUCCCCCUCCGCCCUGCCACAUCUUGUUACUGCAAUACUCUGUUUGCCCUCAGCUCAGGCCUUGUUCCCCAGUGAAGCUGAUCAGUUUCACAUUCCCAUCUAACUGGGGUGAGUGUCUGCGAAGGAUUCAUAGUUCUGAACUGCACUAAUCUGGGAACACAGGGAAAGCUCAGAAGAAAUGGACUCAGCCCGUCCAAACGAUGUCCCCUGGACAUGUGUCUAGAGCCUUGGAAGUUUAGAAUGCUGCUCAUCCCACCCCGCCUCUGAAGUCCAUUCUCAAGGACCACUGAACUGUGGAGAAGCGGGGUAGCCCUGGAUGAUUGUAGGAGAAUGUGUCUUGGGGAAGGCCAAGGCAAGCGUCUUUUGUCUUUUCCCAUUGAACUGAAUAUGGCUGCAUCCCUGGGCGGUGAUCUUAGCUCUGCAGCGCCCCCUGAGUUGUGUGUAUAGGAGUAACCUAAGCAGGCAGAGGACAGGAGAGAAACUUUGGCAAGCUCUUAUCACCUGCCUCUUGGUUUGGGACUUUGGUAAGUCUGAGCUGCAGGAUCAGUGCAAGGGCCAUUCGUGCCCUGCUGUGGGCCUCACAAUGGAUAUGCCGAAGUCAAGGUAGCUGUGAGAGAGGAGGCUACAUGUGUUCCCAGCCCUUAGGAAAAGGAGAAAGGUUGUUCCUUCCUAAGAAGAGCCCAGUCAUUGGCCAAACAACUACAGAUACCUCAAUUAGGUUCCUUUCUAUUUGUUGGACAGAACCACAUGCACUUGUGGCCACCCUUACUUGUAAGCCAGUUUCAUUCAGACUUCCCCUGAGAGAAAUGGAGAUUGAGGGUAUCCCAAUACUUAUGAGUGGCCAUUUUUAAUUAUAUUUAAUUUAAAAGGACAUUCUCAAGUAUUUAACUAGGCUUUUUAUGAGUUCCAUGCUACCUUAAUUAGUGCACGUGUACCUCCAUGAUCCUCACAUUGGUUGAACCUGUAGUGUCCUGGACUUGAGCGGGCAGCCCUGCGUAUCUGGAAAGUUGGGUUAUUUCUGAGCUGUUGAUAGAUAGAGGUGCUUUUGUUCCUGAGGCUGGCAACAGAAGCCGCCAUUCAUUGGGAAGCUCGAGGGAGGAACUGUCAGCCACAGUUUUCACAGUUAGCCUUGCGUUCCUGGUUCAGGGAACUGGAAGGAUUGCAUUCCAAACCCGGCACCAUCGCACUCAGACAGGAUGGUAGGAGGUCACAGUUUUAGAAGUUCUUAACAAACUGAACCCUUGUUAGAAACCUCUCCUGUCAGCAAUCCUGUCUGUGUUUAUCGGAUACCACAGCCCUUUCCGUGCUCAAUAAGCCUACUUUAGUGAAAGGGUAGAGAAUGUUUCCUCCUGAUAGAAAUUUGAAGUCAAUGUCAUAGUAUUUUACAUUUGAAGUACCCCUCAAUAUAUCAAUAUGCAGAAAGUAUUAUCUCAAACUCUCUUACUACUUGGGGUUUUUGUUGGUUUUUUCUUUGCUUUUUCUUUUUCUCUUCUUUUCUUUUCUUUUGCACUAAGGUAAUUUCUGCUGUUUCCUGUUUGGAACUGAGUUGGAAUUAGUGAAAUGGCCCUUUAAAGGAUCUCGAAAGUGCAGUAGUUGGCAUCUCAAGUGAAGUGUGGGGGAAGGGCCGUGUAGCUGCUAAUGCCAGGCACACGGUGAGAGUCCGGUGGCUGGAUUGAUGGAGGCCCUUUCUAGAGUGUGACAGAUUCAGCAGAGCUGUCUUGAAGGAUGGUAGCGAUUCAGAUGUGACUCGCAUCGGUAAGAAAUGAUUGAAAGGUUUGGAUAUACUGUGGAAACAGCCCCACAGUGUGAGGGGAAACUGCGAAGACUCUUCAGGCCUUUCACUAGACACUGUCAGCACACUUUUAACCACAGAGUUGUUUGCUGUUAUCUAAUCAGUACUCAGUUUGGAGAUGCUUUUGCAUGGAUCUGGUGUACGUUAUGCCAAGCAACGUGUGUGAGCUUAGUUGAUCAGUAGAAGAACUCAUCGUCUUUGUAAGACAGUUCAAGACAUUUCCUUUGAAUUGAUAUUUUCUGCUGAAAGUUUCAUGCUGUCAUACCUGUCUUAGCUCUGUGUCCAGAACAAAAAAUUUUCCGAAAGGGGCGGGGGACGGAAAACUUGUGGCCAAGCUUACAGAACAUGAAUCUUUCAGGUAUAACCCUAGAAUAUUCUUCAGAUUCAUAUAACUUGAAUCAUGGGCUCUGCCCAGCGCUAUUCUUACUGUUUAAGCCUCAUAGUUUUCUAGGGUAGUUAGAUCUCUACUCCCUCUCGAUUUAAUAAUAAUUAAAUCUUAAUAAUUGCAUGAUCAAAUUCAUGCUGAUUGCAUAAAGGAUCAGGAACAGCUGAGCAGUACCAAGUUUUGUUUCAUUUUGGUUUUCCUCUUGUUAGAGUUUCCGGGGUUGUCAUUUGGUCGAGCGUAUCCACAUGCUUCUAAUUAUGGUAUGAGAUUGUGGCUGGAUCCCGUUGUCCUUAACCAGAGUAGUGCUUGUUCUCCUGCAUUAUUGGACAGUUUGUAUCCAACGUGUAAAUAGAAUUUCUUAAGUCCAAUUCUAACCAUGGCAUACUUUUAUUAUAAACAAACCACAUCUGAUUGCACAUUAAACAAGGGUGCCGUUUUUGGUUGCUGGAACCGAAUACUUUAAAGAUGAAAAAAAAACAUGCCGAGGAAAAAAGAUAAGAAAAUUAAUGUUAUUUGAUUCAUAUGCGUCUUCAUUGUACUAGACAAUCAACAUUAGAAGGAAUCAGACUGUUGCUGUAGUUAUGCCUAGGUGAUUUGGUACAUAUAAUUGGCUGCCUACUUAAAUUUAUUUUGUUUCCUUGCCUGCGCUCUUAUUUUUAAUUAUUCCAUUUUAAGUGGGCAGUUUCAACUUCACAACUAACUUCAAGAUCCGGUAGCAUGUCCUAGAGAUUAAAAUAUCUUUAGGUUAAGUCAUGAGCAGCUUAGUCCUUCCGCAGGUGGUCAAAGAACAAAACGCUGAAGGCUGGUUUUCAGAUGAUACUGUCCCUGCUAGAAGGCUGGUUUUCAGAUGAUACUGUCCCUGCUAGAAGGCUGGUUUUCAGAUGAUACUGUCCCUGCUAGAAGGCUGGUUUUCAGAUGAUACUGUCCCUGCUAGAAGGCUGGUUUUCAGAUGAUACUGUCCCUGCUAGAAGGCUGGAUUUCAGAUGAUACUGUCCCUGUUUGAUCCAAACAUUUUCACCGUCUUUCCCCAUUAGGUCAGUUAUAAGCACCAGUUCCUUCCAUUGACUCUUUCCCCAACGUAUUCUUUAACAAAGUAUGAAUAGCAUGGUGAAGCACUGAAAAAUAAACCCAGUUGGGCUCCGUGUGGUGGGGUAGGUGUUAGUGGAUUCCCCAGGACACAACUGCUCAAAGACAUUGGUAUUCAGAGUUGCUUCGAAAAGAUUGUUCUAGAUGGAGAGAGAUGCAAGUGCAAGUUGAUACCAACUUACAGGCAUGUUCAAAGAUAAAGUAAGCUAUCUAAAAAUACUCAGUGUUCCCACUAAAAAAUUUUUUAAAAUUAUCUUACCAGAUCUUUCAUUAGCAGACCAUCAGCCAUCUUCCCCGUAACACUAAGAAAUUACCUUUUUUUUUCCUUUCAGAUUUGCAUUACAGUGCAUUACUGUUUACAAGAUACACAUACUGUGAACAGAUCUAAGUCUUUGUCUUUUGUAAGGUUUGUAGAAUGAAUGUUGUUUUAAAGAUGGUGUUAUGUUAAAUAUCUUCAGGUCUCUGUAAAUGCUAGCUCCUGUUUACUAACCUUUGUUUGGUCAGGUGUGUGUCCAUGUAGCUGAAAGAGGAUAGAAAUUGCAGUUUCUGUAACUUUUCCCAUUUUCAUUUCUUGUAAAGUUACCACUACAGACCUGGUUGUGUUAAAUCAAAAGAUCGGUUAUGGGGCUGGGGAUUUAGCUCAGUGGUAGAGUGCUUGCCUAGCAAGCACAAGGCCCUGGGUUCGGUCCCCAGGUCUGAAAAAAAGAAAAAAAAAAAAAAAGAUCGGUUAUGAUGUGCAAUACCGGAAAUCAUGUUCAGUCCUAUAAGGAAUCUUUUCAAGGCGCACACACAGGAAGUAAAUGAGAUUGAUGUGUGUGUCUCUGUGAUUCACCCCAACUCAAACGACUCUGGGUUGAGCGUGGAAUAAAACAGCACUCACAGAGACUGACAGCAGGGGCACUUCCGGCCUUGGGAAAUGUUACGUCGCUGUUAAAAUUGGAAAUUUGAACUUUUUAUAUCAUAAUUUCAGAAUUUAGCUACCAUACCUUUUGGGAAACAUGAUUAUCACAAGAACAUAGAUUAUGUAAAUAACCUAUAACUAAGACACUGCAAAUAUAAAAUUAGUAUCGCUUGGCUGUUAAUUAUAUAAAGAUGUUACCUAUGUCUGUUUUUAAAACAUGCAUGUAUUUAACAAUUUUAUCAUAGUAUUGUCAUGAAAAAAUAAAUAUAUUUUCUUACGUCUUA